AUGCUACGCGUUGCCACAGCUGCGAGUAGGCCAACGCACGUCGGCAUCGUAGGCGCCGGGUUCGCAGGUCUUCGAUGUGCCGACGUCUUGCUGCAGCGUGGUUUCAAGGUCACAAUCCUUGAGGCUCGGAACAGAGUUGGUGGCAGGGUAGCACAAAGCAAUCAGCUUGGGCACCAGGUGGAUCUGGGACCCAACUGGAUCCAUGGAACGCACCAGAAUCCAAUGCUGCAGCUUGCGAAGCAGACGGACACUUUGUUACAUGCCUGGGAUGAGGAUGAAGCAGCAUUGUCAUAUGGACCAGACGGCAAGCUUCUGGAUGACCAGGAAAUUGCUGAGUAUUCGUCACUCCUGUGGAAUGAUGGUCUAAUAGCCGACGCCUUUCGCUACAGCAACGAGCAGCAUAGCGAUAUCGACUCAAGCCGCAGUCUCCAAGACUUCUUCGCUGAGAAGGCCGCAAAGCUGUUCCAGGAUCUACCGAAGGACGAGGCUGAACGUAAACGAAGGAUGCUUCUGCUCACCACGCGCAUGUGGGGAGCAUACAUUGGUAGCCCGGUCACGAGGCAGAGUUUAAAGUUCUUCUGGCUUGAAGAAUGCAUACAAGGUGAAAAUCCUUUUGUGGCAGGAACAUAUGCCAAGAUUUUGGAAGCUGUGGCGAGACCAGCACGAGAGAAAGCCGAUCUUCGACUGGAAGCGGAGGUAGUUGGCUUGUCACCAGGUGCAGAUUCAACAAGCAAGACGACGACAGUUCGACUUGCAGAUGGCCAAGCUCUUGAUUUCGAUGAGGUUGUGGUGACCGUGCCGCUGGGCUUUCUGAAGAGGAACAAGGAGAUGUUCAGUCCGCCAUUACCGAUUCGCCUGUCACAGGCUAUCGACAGCAUAGGUUACGGUACGCUGGACAAAGUAUAUAUUACCUUCCCAUCAGCAUUUUGGGAUGAAAGCACAAGUACCAACGGCGCCACAUCAAACCAUACCAAUACCUCGCUUGAUCGCGUAGGCACGACACCGAACUUUACAGCGACAACGGCCCCACUGCACCAGCCAGCUGAUGUUGGCGCAGUUAGAGAAGAGGGCAAGGUAGGUUUCAUCCACUGGCUAUCACCUUCGUACGCUUCAGACACGAAUCCUGAAGGCUGGGAUCCGCAGGCCAUGAACUUGGCUGCACUACCCAGUGACGCUGCUCAUCCCACCUUGUUAUUCUACGUCUACGGACCUUGCAGUGAACACAUCGCAUCCAUCGUCAGUACAGCCCAGUCAGAUGCAGAUCGAGAUGCAAGACUGAUCGCCUUCUUCCAACCUUACUUUUCGCGCUUACCCAACUACUCAAGCACAAAUCCGGCAUGCAAGCCAAAAGCGAUUCUGGCCACCGCGUGGGCGAAUGACAAGUUUGCUGGCUAUGGGAGCUACUCCAACUUCCAGGUUGGUCUAGAACGAGGUAACGAGGACAUUGAGGUGAUGCGGCAUGGGAUGCCGGAACGAGGUUUGUGGUUUGCUGGAGAACAUACUGCAUCUUUCGUGGCAUUGGGCACAAGUACGGGAGCGUACUGGAGUGGUGAGGCUGUGGCCGAGAGGAUCGUAAAGGGUUAUGAAGUGGCGAAGUAG